UGGGUACUCAUUUGAAAAUGAUAAUUACACAAUUUUUUACUGUGCCAAUCUUUGAACUGAGCCCGCGUUGAAUUGUCGUCUUUUUUUUCGGUUUCAGUGCUGUUCGGCAUUUUGAUUCAGCUUUCUAAAAAUAAACGCUUAUGUAGGUGAAGUUCAUAUUUCUAGAAAAUUGUAUGAGGGGAAUAGACGUGUAAGUUUGUAUUAAAACAUCACCUCUAAAUGUUUCAAAUUCCCGAUAGUUUUUUUCUGUUCGACUCGUCUUGAUUGAACAAUUUUGUGUGUGCUUUUACACAAUUUUCCAAUUCGAAACAUUUUUCCAUUUGACCAGAAAACCUCCUAAACAUCCAAAAUUUAUGUGAACGUUCGAAUAUUUAUUAUUUUUUCUGCGAUUUUCAGGCAUUUCAAAAAUUUAUUCAAGCAGAUUCCGAUUUCCAGAACAAACAUCUUGCAGAAAUAAGGGCAUCUGCACAAGCCUUCUGAUUAUUUUCGUACUUUUCUGAUCGUUUGGCUCCCACUCAUUCUAUUUUCAACGCUCCUUCGUCUUCGAAGACAAAACAUCACAAGUUCUGACUUUCAGUUUUACAAAUCUCACUAUCAGAAUAAUACGAUUUCAUUUUCACAUCUCUUUUUCUCUUUCUCUCUUUUUGGUCUAAAUCGAUAGUCAAGUCUAUGAAGAGCAUCUAAUUUACUUCCCGAGUUGUUUUUGAAAAUAGUUAAUCUUUGACGUUGUUUCAUAUACCCUAUGGAAUCCACCUCUCACUGACAAUCGGUGGUGGAGCUGAAGCAAACACGAGUUGCUAAGAGACAAUAUACGAGUCGCGUAAUUGUAACUAUAGCGCCAUUUUGAGCUGCUCAAUAUACAACUUGCUAGUCGUUCGAGAUGCCAUCUGUAAUUCAAAUGAACUCUGUGAGAGAGUUUGAGGAGAAGGUCGAUUCUCUGUCUGCUGGUGAUAUCUACAACUUCAGCAAGCUAGAUCUCGAUUUAAGCGCACAAUUGCAGUAUGGAGUAAGAUAUCUGAAAAGUGAAGGAUUGUCCAUGUCAAUGUGGAUCGGAUCCAACAAAGCAGACAUUGAGAUUACGUGUGUCAAUCCGAAGAAGAGCUUCUCGUGGAGUUUUGUGAAGCAGAACAAUCCGGAGAAAAAGUGGAAUCAAUAUUUUCACAUUUCCAAGAAGUCGUUUUUGAUUGUAGGCUCAACAGAAAAUGGAAUCAGUCUUCGGGUCAAAAAAGACGAAGCGUUAAACCCAUUCUUUGCAUUAUUUGAUCAGCUUCAGAACCUUUUCAAUGUCGGUAUCAAAAGCAUUGUGGUCGACGAGGACAUUUUCGACAGUUCUCAAACAGUGAGAUAUGUGAUUGCAAUGCUUUAUGACUUUGGCUGUGUUAGUUUGAGAAUUCCAGCAUUUGCUAAAGAGCCAACUAUGUACCAAUCGGAGCAAGUCGUACGGCUUUUGAAUGGUGUUAAAAUUUUCAAAAGCUUGACGGUUAAUGUGAAUAUCAGCCAUCGUUCCAUGGUAUACUUGGAGCGGGUAUGGCAAAUCCCUAACGUGAUCAUGACCAAUGCAUCCUACCAUAACCAACUACCAAAUGCGGGCUACGAUACAACCUAUUAUAUGGAUGAAUGCUCUGUAGAUGUUAUCAACGAAAUUGUCAACGCUUUAAUGAUAACUCACAAGUCAAAUUUGAUAACUAUGACAGUGCAUAUAAAGAAGCUGGACAUUAGACAUCUUGAGAACCUGCUGGCAAACUUCAAACACUUUACACGAAACGAUCAACAACGAAAGUUCAGAGAGCUCCGAUAUCUUGAAAAAAUGCACAUUCUAACCAAUGACGGAGUGCACUUGCGACGUUCGGAUGGUGCAUUGAUGACUAUGUAUCUCAAAACAAAAUCUUUAAUCUCACAGGAGCAUACUUUCAUAAUACACGCAGAGUAUCCAUGGAACUCGCCAAUGAUAAAUCACAUUGACAAGACCAUAGAGACGUAUGCGUCAAAAAAAGAAACCUUGAAGACUCUGAAAUCAAAUCUAAAAGUAGCAACAAAUGAAGAGCAGAAGUGUUUCAAGAAAUGGCACAAUGAGAAAGAUCGUGCUGAACUUCUCAAAGCAAAAAGAGCAUUGCAUGAGAGCAAGAUUGGGAAAGUAAAGAUCGCAUUUGAGAUGAAUGAUUAUCAACAUCAAAUCAAUCACAUGGAUUUCUUGAAGGAGAUGUGUCUGGCCACCCAAGCAAGGAAGGAUUUCGGUUUCUUCUCGUAUGGCGCUAAUCAAAACUGAAAUUGAACACGAUGACAUGUGAUUAUUUCCCGAUAUCCACGAAAACAUUACUUUCAGAUUAAUUUCUUCAAUUUUUCAGAACGCACAUGUAUUUUUGUCUAAGCAGAAUAAUUGUUGCGAUGUAGUCAAAUAAAAUAAUCUGAAUUGAUGAUUCUUAUCUACGAAUCAGCUGAAAAUUUCGAGAUUCAGCAUUUCACACUUUAUACAUUUUCUUAUUUUAUGAAUCCUUUUGUGUCCUUUUUCCUUGUUCUGAUUUUUGUUUCAUUUUUUCUGAUUGCUUCUACCUCUAUCCAGUACUACCUUUAUAUUGUUUUUAAUUAUUGUACCAUUUCUUUCAGUGAAUAAAUUGAAUAAGACACUCAACUGUAAAU